AUGGCGAAAUCUAAUGCGCCUCUUAAUCCCAGAACUACGAGUUUCGAGUUCAGCGGGAUUCCCGGAGCCUUGGGCAUCACGUUUGGCCUUCCACUUGUGUGCGUCGUGCUCAACCAAAUGAUACGUCCAGACUACCAUAUCACCGGCUUCUUUUCGAACUUUGAUGUGGCAGAGCUAUGGAACCAUAUUAAACCCCUGAAGUGGUACAUGACAAAUAGAGAGUUGUGGACUUAUUAUUUAUGUUGGUUUGGUUCCUUAGCCAUCCUCGACGUUGUUCUACCUGGACCUGUUAUGGAGGGCGUGGAGUUGAGAGAUGGUACAAAGCUGAGGUACAAGAUCAACGGAAUCGCCCUUUGCUCCUUGCUUUCAUCGGUUCUGGCCGUGAGAUGGAAGCUAACCGGGGGCCAGUUGCCCGAGCUACAAUACCUAUAUGAGCACCAGACUGAUUUCUGCAUCAUUGUCGUUAUCUUCUCGUUUAUCAUGUCAGUUUUUCUCUACAUGGCCAGCUUCUUCCCAUUGACUGGCGAGAACGGCACUGGAACAAAAGAGCGCAUACUUUCGGUGAGUGGCAACACCGGUAAUGUGAUUUACGAUUGGUUCAUCGGCCGCGAGUUGAACCCUCGUGUGGGGCCUCUGGACCUUAAAAUGUUCUGUGAGUUGCGCCCAGGUUUGCUGCUAUGGUGUUUGAUAAACAUCUCCUGCUUGCAUCACUAUUAUUUGGAGACUGGCAAAAUCAACAAUGCCAUCCUGUUUGUAACAUUGGCCCAAGGAUUCUAUGUCUUCGACGGUGUACUGAACGAAGAGGGUGUGCUUACCAUGAUGGACAUCACCACGGAUGGAUUCGGUUACAUGUUGACGUUUGGAGACUUGGCGCUAGUUCCUUUCACUUACACCUUGCAAGCUAGAUAUCUCACCGUCUCUCCCAUAACUUUGACCAAGGGGUACCUGGCUUUCUUAACGGGAAUCAUGGCACUUGGCUACUACAUUUUCCAUUCUGCAAAUAAACAGAAAUCCGACUUCCGUCACGGCAAACUCCCACACUUGGAAAGCAUGGACACCAAGCGCGGCACCAAGCUUCUCUGUGAUGGCUGGUGGGGCAUGUCACAACAUAUGAACUAUUUUGGAGACUGGCUGAUUUCUCUAAGUUGGUGCUUGGCGACGGGGUUCCAAACUCCUCUGACCUAUUACUACUCGCUCUACUUUGCCACGUUGUUGUUCCACCGUCAACAGCGUGACGAACAUCUGUGCAAGAUCAAAUAUGGUGACGAUUGGAAGAGGUACGAGGAAAAGGUCCCUUACAAAAUCAUCCCUUAUGUAUACUAG